AAGAAGGGGUUCACGGAAACAGUCCCUUCCAAAGCCCCGGCCAUCGCGGGGUGGGCCGCCUUCCUCCCUCCCAGGCCGGGGCGCCGGCCAGAAGACACACGUGCGCCGACCGGGGCCGCCCACCCGGGCACGCCGGGGUCAGGACCGCGCAGGACGAGCUGGGAGCCGCCGCCCGUUGGCCUCGCCCAGCCCUGAACGCCCAGGGGUCGCGGCGCGUCUGCUGGGAGCGAGUGAGCAGCCUGUGGCGACUGAGACCAUGCAUUGCAGCAGCUCCAAGAGCCGGGUGGUCUUGGCUCCAGUGUCUCGAGGUCCUGAUGCCUGUCAGGUGAUAACCAGAGCACAGCUCGGCCAGGAUCCCCCACAAAGAACAGUGCUAGGGGUGCUAACUGAGAAUGGGCAGUACAGGAGGACCUGUGGCCAGGGGAUCACAACAGUCAGGUGUUUCUCUGGGUCAGAAAAUGUCUUCCCUUCGACUGGAAAGAAACCGCUCUCUGACUGUGGGGUCCAGGUGCCUGCCAAGCAAGGAUUUGAUAUCUACAUGGAUGAACCUGAGCAGGGGGACAGAGACAGCUGCGCAGGGAGAGAGGGGAUGGCAUUUGAGGAUGUGUAUGAAGUAGACACCAGCACACUCAAGUCAGACCUUCACUUCUUGCUGGAUUUUAACACAGUUUCCCCUAUGCUGGUAGAUUCAUCUCUCCAUUCCCAGUCUGAAGAUGCAUCAGAUUUUGGUACAGAUGUGAUAAAUGUGACUGAAUAUGCUGAAGAAAUUCAUCAGUACCUUAGAGAAGCUGAAAUAAGAUACAGACCCAAGGCACACUACAUGAGGAAACAGCCGGACAUCACAGAAGGCAUGCGGACGAUUCUGGUGGACUGGCUGGUGGAGGUUGGAGAAGAAUACAAGCUUCGAGCAGAGACUCUCUACCUGGCCGUCAACUUCCUGGACAGGUUUCUUUCCUGCAUGUCUGUUCUGAGAGGGAAAUUGCAGCUUGUAGGAACAGCAGCUAUUCUUCUGGCUUCGAAAUAUGAAGAAAUAUAUCCCCCCGAAGUAGAUGAGUUUGUCUAUAUAACUGAUGAUACUUACACAAAGCGACAACUGUUAAGAAUGGAACACCUGCUCCUGAAAGUCCUGGCUUUUGAUUUGACAGUGCCAACCACCAACCAGUUUCUCCUUCAGUACUUGAGGAGGCAAGGAGUGUGCAUCAGAACCGAGAACCUGGCCAAGUACGUAGCAGAACUGAGUCUACUGGAAGCUGACCCAUUCUUGAAAUAUCUUCCUUCACUGAUAGCUGCAGCAGCUUAUUGCCUGGCAAACUAUACUGUGAACAGGCACUUUUGGCCAGAAACCCUUGCUGCAUUUACAGGCUAUUCAUUAAGCGAAAUUGUUCCUUGCCUGAGUGAGCUACACAAAGCAUGCCUUGGUAUACCCCAUCGACCUCAACAAGCAAUUCGGGAGAAGUAUAAGGCUUCGAAGUACAUGCACGUGUCUCUCAUGGAACCACCUGCAGUUCUUCCGCUACAAUAAGUUUCAGAACUGAAGCACUUUCAGAUCUUAACCUCCACAUCGACAGAACUGGUCUUAAUUUUUAUAGGUUUCUGCAGGUUGGGUCAACUAGUGUUGCUACAAUAUAGAUAACAUAUUUUUAAAAAUGUAAAUGUAUUUAGGUUCUCUUAGACUUUAGUAGCUUGUAAUAUAGUCUAACAUUUUUUAAAGAAUAAACAACUUGCUUUAUGACCACG